CCCAUUGCAGCUACGCAGUUCCGGUGAAACGUCAAAUUCGGGCUGCUGUUUUUAACAGCUGAACACAGACCGGACUGACAGGUCUACAACACAAGCGGACCCUUCCAGGGAGCAAGCUGCAAAAAUGUCCUUCAUAUUUGACUGGCUGUACAGAGGAUUCAGCAAUGUGUUACAAUUAUUAGGACUCUAUAAAAAGUCUGGUAAGUUAGUUUUUCUUGGAUUAGACAAUGCAGGAAAGACGACAUUACUGCACAUGCUCAAAGAUGAUAGACUCGGGCAGCAUGUUCCAACACUUCACCCCACAUCUGAAGAACUGAGUAUUGCUGGGAUGACUUUCACUACAUUCGACCUGGGUGGUCAUGCUCAAGCAAGAAGGGUUUGGAGGAAUUACCUUCCUGCAAUAAAUGGCAUAGUGUAUCUCGUUGACUGUGCUGACCAUGAACGCCUACAAGAAGCCAAAAUUGAGUUGGACGCCCUCUUAACCGAUGAAACAAUCUCCAAUGUGCCAAUUCUUAUUUUGGGGAAUAAAAUCGACCGUCCAGAAGCGAUUAGUGAGGACGCAUUAAGAGGAAUGUUUGGUCUUUAUGGACACACCACUGGAAAGGGGAACGUAUCGCUGAAAGAACUCAACCUGAGGCCAAUGGAAGUCUUUAUGUGCAGUGUGUUGAAAAGACAAGGAUAUGGUGAAGGAUUUAGAUGGCUUUCUCAGUAUAUUGAUUAGAAUAUUUAUUGUGUUUAUUCAUUUAAAACCCAUGCAUCCUUAUUUAUUAAAUGAUUAUUUAUCUUGUAAUGAAACUUUAAUAAGAAGGGGUGGUACAUAUGUAAUCUGAAUCUAACAAAUGCAGUUUAGUGACAGGUAAGCAUUUGUUUAAAAAACUAAAGUAAUACUUGGAUAAGGUAAUUGUUGCUGUUCUUUUUCUAAAAGCAGAGUAAGAAAUAUACAAGGCUCUAACAGUUGACAAGGCGGGUUAUUUUAAGACAUGGCAUCCUGUUACAAAACACCUUUUUUUACGCCAGUAUUAGUUUUAUACCCUGCCGAAAGUUAAACACACCUUUGUAUAUUGAAAUCAAGAACAUUUGAUCAGAUGAAUAUCACUUGUGCUGUAAAAUUCUGACAGAAUCAGUGUUAUUGUUUUUAUACAUUACAUUACCUCAGUGCCUUAAUGCUGGUGAUUUUUGUUUUCCUAUAGUUCUGCAUUUCCCACAUUUUCAAAGGAAUUGCCAAUGUAUGCAUAAAUGCUUGUUUAUCAAACUUGCCUUGAGAUAUACAGUAACAUACCUUAUAUGUUUAAAAGGACAGAUGUCUUAUUUGUAUGUAAUAUUUUAUUACUUUCAAGACUGGGCAGAUGUAGCACUCUUCUGUUUCAGUGCUGUGUCUACACUGUCCUUUUUCAACACUAAACUACCUGCAGUGAGUACUUUUUGAUUGUCAGCUGUGAUGUAUUUGCAGCUGUGGCAUGAGAGUACGUAGGCUUUGUGUGCAAUAGAAAAAUGCGUCAUUACUAGGUCAAUUUUACUCCUACUUGUAAAUAGGCUUAUGUGAAUGGUUUGAGAUUUUCAGCGCUGCUUAUGUUUUGAAAUGGCUAAUUCUGUACAUGCCACUUGGAGCACUUUGUAGAGUUUAUGCUCUUAGGGUCGCAAUAUAAACACAAAUAUUUUGGA